UUUAGUUGGCUAAACGUUGGCUGGCCCAGCAGACGCUUUUUAAGUUUAAGAGUGUUCCAUAAACAAAAUCAACAAAAACAAAUGUUACAAAUUUUAUUAAAUAAAUCUUAAAUAAAAACAAUUUAAACGCUAAAUUUAAAAGAAAUGUUUUAGUUUAAUUAAAAAAAUAUAUAACAAAUAAUAUUUUCCAAAACCUUUAUAGAAAUCUUAAAAGAAAACUGUGAUAUUUAUUUAAAUUUUAUUAAAAAUUAUUAAAUUUUUUUAUAAAAUUAUAAAAAAUUCUUUAAGAAAAUCCAAAAAAACACACAAAAUAUGAAACAACCUAAUCGUGAUAAUUGCAAGUAUUCCAUUAAUCUGAAAAUAUUUAAAUUACAACCCAGUGCAAAUGCUAAUAAUAACGGUGAUAAAAAGUCUUCUUUGGUAGUGCCCAUGCCCACCAUAAUGCCGCCUACUUUACAAAGAAAACGCAAUUCCUGGCGUAGUGCCUGGAAAUUGGCUCAUCAAAAUAAUAAUACACAAAAUAUUAAAUCACGUAAUUCUCAUAAUAAAAACUCCUCCAAUACAAAUAAUCCCAACAGUACUAUUGCCAAUACAAAAGAUAAGUUGGUUUUAGACUCAACUAAUAAAAAAGAUAAUUUAAACAAUGACCAACAACAACAACAACAACAGCCAACACCACCUCUAAUACUCAAAGAUCAAGUUCAAUUAAAAGAAAGUGAUAAAAUUAUAAAAAUAAUCUAGAAAAUGUUGAAGGGGACGACAGCAAUCUACCCUUAGAGGAGCAAGAAAUUUUGUCUAUGCCCUGGUUUGGCAUGGAUAUCGGUGGCACUUUAACGAAAUUGGUGUAUUUUGAACCCAAAGAUAUUACACCCGAUGAACAAGAUCAAGAGGCCGAAAGUUUAAGAAGCAUUAGACGUUAUUUAACUAAAAAUUCAGCCUAUGGCAAAACAGGUCAUAGAGAUACACAUUUACAGAUGGACAAUGUGGAAAUACGUAAACGUACUGGUUCGUUGCAUUUUAUACGUUUUCAAACCACAGAUAUGGGUAACUUUUUAUCACUGGCCAAACAAAAGGGUAUGGCUGAAUUGGUAACCACUGUCUGUGCUACCGGAGGAGGAGCUUAUAAAUUUGAAAAUGAUUUUCGUGAGCAAGUCAAUAUGAAAUUGGCUAAAUUUGAUGAAUUGGAUACUUUAAUUAAAGGCAUAUUAUUUUCCGAAAUACAAAAUCGUACAGAAUGUUAUUAUUAUGAAAAUGCCCGGGAUAUAAUGAAAAGCGAGAAAAAAGCUUUUGAUUUUUCUCAACCUUAUCCCUUUAUAUUGGUUAAUGUGGGCUCUGGUGUUUCCAUAUUAGCUGUGUAUGGUCCUGAUAACUAUAAACGUGUAUCGGGUACUAGUUUGGGUGGUGGUACAUUCCUGGGCUUGUGUUGCCUUUUAACAGGCUGCACUACUUUUGAAGAGGCCAUACAAUUGGCCACCAAAGGCGAUAAUCGCAAAGUAGAUAAAUUGGUGCGUGAUAUUUAUGGUGGAGACUAUGAUCGUUUUGGUUUGACUGGAGAUUUAGUGGCUUCCAGCUUUGGCCAAAUGCAUAUACAAGAUAAACGAGCCUCUGUCUCCCGCGAAGAUCUUGCCAAUGCCACUUUAGUAACUAUAACCAAUAAUAUUGGUUUAAUAGCUCGCAUGUGUGCACUCAAUGAAAAAAUCGAUAAGGUUGUUUUUGUUGGCAAUUUCCUGCGUGUUAAUCCUAUAGCCAUGAAAUUAUUGGCCUAUGCCAUGGAAUUCUGGUCGAAUGGCACCCUAAAAGGACUCUUCCUAGAACAUGAAGGCUAUUUUGGAGCUUUAGGCUGUUUAUUACAAUUUAAUGGUGAAAUAGCAGCAGCACUCAAUGAACCACAGAUAAAGUUCCCACAGCAACAGAUCCGUCUACUUCAACGCAGCAUACAGAAGUCAAUAAUACAGAUGCUACAGCAGCAACAGCAACGUCAGAAACAACGACAACUGAAACUCAAAGAUAGUUAUUAAUUUAGUUUAAAGAGUGGUGCCUUUAUUUAAGUUUUAAGCAUUAUAUAAGUUAGUUUUAAUUAAAACAAAAACAAAAACAGAAAACUUUAACCAUAUUAAACGCCAGCACGCUGUUUCCUCUUCUUGACACUGAGUUUCUUAAUUAAGACUUUAAUAUAAAAGAAAGAAAAAAAAAGAAAGUUGAUCAAAAAAUUAUAGGUUUUCAUAAAGGGUUUACUUUGUUAGACAUUUAAUUAUACUUACUAUUAUUAUAUAAACAAAAAAAAUCAAAAUAAUUAUUAACUAUAAAUUUAAUUUGUAUAUUAGUUAGCAGCAAUUAUUUAUAAAACAAAAACUCUUCUUUUUUUGGCUUUUAAAGGAUUGUAAAUAAGUUUUUUUUUAGAGAAUUGUUCACACAUAUUUAUUUAACUAUUAAAUACACAGCAAACAGACAGGUUUAAUGGCACAAAUUUAGUUUCUUUUUUUAAACAAAAUAUGUAUAAUAGCAAAAAGAUAAUAUUUAAGAAUUUUAUUUAAAAAUGUCUUUUAAGAAAAUUUUGUACUUCAAUUGUUUCCUUUUUUUCAAAGCACUUGUUUAAGUUAAAAAAUGGAGAAAAACAAACAUUAAAAAAAAGGUUUAUAAAAAUAAAG